UACGCUUUGGCGAAGGGUCGUCGAUCGUCGGAUUGUCGAUCAACGAUGUGUGGUAGGAGGUUGAAUGAAACAAGCUGAAUCUUAUCUGGUUUAAGUUUAAUUUAUUUAGUAUUUGAGUUACAUUGGUGUGUUUUAAUAUGGGUUCUUCUCGUAAAGAAAAAGACAGAGAGGAAAGGAAGCAUAAACACAAGCAUAAAGACCGUGAUAGGGACAAAGAUAAAGACAGGAAACGUCGGCAUAAGCACAAGCGUGAUCGUUCCCCUCGAUCGCCUACUUCUAGGCCUAAACGAGAUGCUAGCGGCGGUGAAGAAUUCGUUGAGCCUGUAAUAAAGAGAGAGAGAGGCACAGAUGGCCAAGGUUACUACCGAGCUUUUGAGGAAAGUGUUGAAAAAAGAGGAGAAAUUGCUUCAUCUGGAGGUGGUGGGAUAACAGAGUCUAUGAGCAUUGAAGAAACAAAUAAAAUAAGGUUGAAGCUUGGACUAGCACCACUUGAACCCAGCAAUGCUCCAAAACAAGGUACAGAUGGUGUGCAACCCAUGCCAGAGUCAGGCUCCACAGACGUGCACAAGCCAGCCAGGAAUCUUGCUCAAGAAAACAAACGAAAAGCCAUUCAAGAGAAGCUGCAACAAAUAAAAGCUAAACGGGAGAUCAACAAAAAGCUCAGCAAAGUCAAAACUCUUGGAGAAGAAGAUGAUGUAGAUGAUAUCCAUGCAUGGGUAGAACGAAGCCGGAAGGUACAAAAAGAAAAGGCAUUAGCAGAGAAAAGAGAAAAACUUUUGCAAGAAAUGGAUGCUGAUUUUGGUAUUGAAGCAUUGGUGGAUGAGGAAUUCAAAAAAAGUGGUAAAGAAAAGGCUUAUGGUUCUCGUGAUAUAGCUGGACUUCAAGUUCAACACUCGUUGAAGUCUUUUAAAGAAGGAAAAUCAGUGAUAUUAACACUAAAAGACUCAGGUAUUUUGGAUGAGGAGGACGAUGCUUUGGUGAACGUUAACAUGGUUGAUGAUAUAUUAGCAGCUAGGAAUACUGAACUGAGAAAAGGCAGACCUGGCUAUAUCCCAUACGAACAAGAAGAAGUGGAUGAAUUUGGUGUUGUAAAGAAGAAGUCAUUAUUACACAAAUACGAUGAAGAAAUUGAAGGAAAGAAAGUAGAAUCAUUCAAGUUGGGUGAAUCUGGGAGUAGUCCAGCCGUGAGUAAGAUAUCUCAACAAGCACAUAUUCGUCAGGAGCUGCAAAAGCAAAGCCUGGACAUGCAGGUACCUACAGUAGCAAGUGAUUAUUAUACAAGUGCAGAAAUGGAGAAGUUUAAAAAACCUAAGAAGCGGCGAAGGAAAGUAAAGAAGUUUUCAGUGAAUGACUUAACUCCAGAAGACAGCAUUACUGAUCAUGGAUCCCGUAAUGGUGGUAUACGUAGAAGAAAUCUUGAUGAUGGUAAUACCUUUGGAAUUGGGGACACAAUGGACUUGGACCUACCUGAUAUUGAUGGAGGCAUGAUAAGGGGUCCAAUGCACAAUGCAGAGGUAGAAGAAAAUGUUGUAAUUGAAGAUGACGCUGCCUUAGAGCUACAGCUUGCUCUUAAUAAGGCAAGGAGGAUGAAAUACAAGAAAGAAAAGAAAGAUGUAGAUGGAGAUAAGUUAGUGGCAGAAGCAGUGAAGUAUGCAAAAGGUGAAGAAAUGGACACUGACUCAACCACCAAUCCUUCAAUAGUUCUGAAUGCAACCUCAGAAUUCUGUAGAACCCUCGGCGAAAUACCAUCGUACAGUUCAGCUGUUCCUAAAGAAGAGGACAAUGAAGAUGAAGUUAUGGACUUUGAGAAGGAAGAACCUGAACAGAUGGGAGACGAAGAAGGAAUUAGUGCAUGGAGUAGGGUGAACCUCGAGGAAGAGGAUGAGGAGGAAGAAGAAGAAGCUGAGCCAUUAGGCCCUGUACUUGAAGAAGAGCCAUCGCUACAAUCAGGAGUGGCGGGCGCCCUCAAGAUGGCCGUUAACAAAGGGUUCCUCGAGAAAGAAUCCAAUAAGAAAUUCAAAGCUGCUAAAGAUAAAUCCAUUGAAGCACAGAAUUUCCACGUUGAGGACAAAAGUUUUCAUGACAUUGAUGCUAAAUACAGCAAGCAUGAUCGUUUUCGUGGACCGGUUGCAGACUUUAGGGAAAAAUCUGGUUACAAACCCUCAUUUAAUAUCUCUUAUAAAGAUGAUUCAGGCAGAGAACUCAACCAAAAAGAGGCAUUCCGAGUCUUGUCCCAUCGUUUCCAUGGUAAACGUUCAGGAAAGUCGAAGACAGAAAGAAGACAGAAAAAGAUAGCUGGAGAACAGGCUCUUUUAAAAAUGUCCUCUGUUGAUACUCCUCUUGGAACGGUUGCUAUGUUACAAGAAAAACAGCGAGUGAUGCAGUCUCCUUAUAUCAUGUUGAGUGGUAGUGGUAGCAACGUCCUUAAUGCAGCAAAUGUAAUGACCAAAGGCAAAAACUGAAGUUUGAAACAUCUUGCUUUAUUUAAAAAAAAACAAACAUGAAACUACAAUUAACAGUACAAUAAGUUUUAAAGAUUUCCUUGAUACUGUACAUCGAUUCUUGGCAAACUGCAUCUUGUAGGAAAGUAAAACGUUUUAUAAAUGCGUUUUCAAUAAUCUAGAUUAAUAUAACUGCACAAAACUUUUUAACAUAUUAGGCUGUUAAGAGUAACUAAAACAGUAAUCAUGUUUUAGUAAUGUGUUGAUUACUGUGAUGUAAAAUGGUAAUCUAUUUACGAGUAAGAAACGUUUCCACUCCGUAAGUCUUGUAAUGAAAUUAUAAAGCGUCACAUUAUUUAAGAGGUCUGAAUAUCAGCUGACAUUCUUGGAUAUGCAGUAAGGGUUGCCCUCUAUAAAAUAUGUUAUAUACUGUCUCAUGAGCUAAAUGAAAAAUCCAAUUCCAUAUAUAAAUUGCUAAUUUGUAUAAAUUGCUUAAAUUGAAAAUCUGAAUGAGAAAGAAAUUUCCGGGUCAGUUGCUGGACAUGUACAUAAUGCUGUUUCUGAAUUCUUUUACGUAGACCCUUAAAUUGGCUGUUAAAUUAAUUUAAAAGUUUUUUAGAGAAAUGUGUAAAUCUGUGAAAACUUUUUUUUUUUACAGUCUGUUUCGAUCCUUUUAAAUGAACUAAUAAUUUUGAUAGAAUUUUUUAGAUUUCUCCUGAUUAUUUUGGCAGUCUAUCCUAACAAAUGAUUUUAAACUAUAAUUACAUAUCGUAAAUGAUGUAAUAAGCGCCUCUCGAAUAAUCGUCACAACAAAUGUGAAUUUCUGUUUCCAGUCGCCUGCAGUGCUUAAUUGAUAGCACAUAUUGCGUCGUUCCCUGAUGUUUUGAGAAUGAAAGAUUUCUCACAAAAUUAAUACUAACAUUGCAACAACUUGGGUACCAACACACAUGAUACCAAUUUAACAAUCAAAUAAUUUAUAUAAGUGUCUCUCUUAAAUAAGCACUGCACUAAGGCAUCCAAAAAUGUUAUAAGCACCACAGCACAUAUUAGAUCAUUUACAGUAAUACGCUGUUGUUUAUUUUAACUAAUCUGUCAGUGAAGUUCCGGUCACACUGCCAAGUACUAUUUGACAAAUAACUGUGAUUUGCCCAUACUGUAUAUGCCAUUCUGACCAUACAUGGGUAUAUUAUGACAUCAACAUACCUAAAUAUGGGCAGAUGACAAAUUUGUAGUUUAAAAAUUGAUGAUGAGGCCGAAGCCUACGAGAAUUCCCGCAUUGCUUAUUGUCAUUCAAAUAAACACAACAUAACACUAAUCUGUAUAUAACGUGGUACUAUUAUAUACAAAGGAUGGUAAACUCUGAUACUUUACAGGUAAUAAUCAGUUAUGCAUGCGACACUUCUAUCAAUGGGUUGUCAUACGUAGUCUUCUGUGUAAUGUUAAUUGUACUUUCAUCUGAAAUAAAAAUAAAUACUCAUGUAUACAACAA